CCUUUUGACCUCUUUUAAUCCAACUGCAGAUGUAGUAAAUUAUAACUGCGACUUUGAAAACUCUUAAAAAGUAAACAGAAAUGGCAGAAAAAUAUUGGGGCAAGUCAAACGGAAACAAAUAUAAGAUGAAAAGCAUUUCUACAGUGUGGGCGCGCGGCGAGAGGGGGCGGAGUUUCGCCGCUGUAGACUAGUGUGCGCAGGAAGGUAGUGCACUCAAGGGAGCUGCGCUGAGAUCUUUGAUACACGGACGCAGGCGGCAUCAGCAUCAGACACAGACCCGCUGUACGGGGCUCCGUCCCUCCGUCUCUCCGUGCCCAGCCAUGAAACAGACAUUACUAGACCUCAUGAGGAUGAGUAGGAUCUGCCGGAUGGUGCUGGCCACUUGUUUAGGAUCUUUUAUUCUGGUCAUCUUCUAUUUCCAAAGUAUGUUCCAACCAGUUAUGAGGCGGAACCCGUUCGCAGCGGAGGGCUGCUGCCGGAAAGGCUCUAGAAACGCCCUGCAGGAGCUGUACAAUCCCACGCAGGUAUCAGCCGAGUUCUCUGCGGCGGCGGUGUUACAUCAGGCACGGAGGGAUCAGGUGGCAGACACAUGUCGUGCCCACAGCGUGUCCAGCCGCAAGCGUCGCGUCCUGACCCCCAGCGACCUUAAGCACCUGGUGGUGGACGAGGAACACGAGCUCAUCUACUGCUACGUCCCCAAGGUGGCCUGCACCAACUGGAAGCGAGUCAUGAUGGUGCUGAGUGGCCGGGGCAAGUACAGCGACCCCAUGGAGAUCCCAUCAAACGAGGCUCACGUGCCCACCAACCUCAAGACCCUCAACCAAUACAGCAUUGCCGACAUCAACCACCGGCUCAAGAGCUACCUCAAGUUCCUCUUCGUGCGCGAGCCCUUUGAGCGGUUGGUGUCGGCCUACCGUAACAAAUUCACGCUUCGAUACAACACCUCGUUUCACAAACGCUACGGGACAAAGAUCGUACGGCGGUACCGCAAGAACGCAACAACCGAGGCGCUCCAGAGCGGCGCUGACGUGAAGUUUCAAGAGUUCGCUGAAUACCUGGUGGACCCGGGCACUCACAGAGAAGCUCCGCUCAACGAACACUGGCAGACGGUCUACUCGCUCUGCCACCCCUGCCACAUCCACUACGACCUGGUGGGCAAGUACGAGACUCUGGAGGAGGACGCCAACUACGUGCUCAAACUGGCAGGGGUGGGCAACUCCUUGCGUUUCCCGACGUAUGCCAAAUCCACCCGUACCACCGACCAAAUGGCAGCCAUGUUUUUCAAUAACAUCAGCUCUCUGCAGCAAGGCCAGCUGUACCAACUCUACAAACUGGACUUUCUAAUGUUCAACUACUCUAUUCCCAGCUACCUAAAACUGCAGUAGACACACAAAUGCAGCCGCGCACACGUUCCAAGCUUGUUCAACAAGGUUGAGCAAUGGGAGAAGGGCCGUCGCUGAAAGACACAGGCGGGGGAAUCGACCAAGCACUCAAAUGUAAAAUUGUAUUUAUAUCCGCAAGGACGGUUGCUUCAUUUCGAGACGAGACUAAGGAGCUAUCGGUCAACUGCAAAUGUGGACCACUUUGAAAGUCUGAUGUAUUUGCCCAUUGAAUUGUACAUUGUCAGUGUUUCCAAACAUCAAAAGCAAUAUGAUAGAUUCUGAGCUGUACCUGCUCAAAGGGUUUAUCUAUUAAUAUACUCAGCCAGCUGUCGCCACCAUUAUUGAAGCUUCACAGAAAGGAGCGCCUAGACUAAUAAUAAGGCUCGAGAUACAAUCAGACUUGUUCUGACUUCACUUCCCCACUUCUAAUUUUGUGUUCCCUUUGGAAGUUCCCUUGCUUCUCUCCCAACCGUCUUUGUGUGUGUCUAUUUCUACAGUGCACAUUUAAAGGUGCACACUAAAAUAAGAAGACAAAAAAAGAGGCAUUGAAUGAUGCCUCUUGAAGGGGGCGUGUCCAAAUGUGAGUGACAGGCAGGGGCUCCACCCACUGGGUCAGUCAAGGAGCAUCUGUAGCAGUCCGGAAGUCAGAGGUCAAUGGCCUCAAGCACACUGUUCCCACAACCCCUCCUCUCUCGGUUGGUCUUCUUAAAGUAGGAUUUGGGGUGGUUUGUUUUAUUUUGUAUUUGUUUAUAAUGGAAAAAAGUUGCUGCGAGCAGCACGCUAUGAUAUUAUUUGAAUUACUCUGUGAAAUAGAGAUAAAAAAGACUUAAUAUUUUGUUUCCAGGAAAGGAAAUCAGCUUAGAGCUAGAGACUUUCUGAGGUUUAAUUGUCAUAAUUCGUUCAUCUUGCCUCAUAUGCAGAACACUGUUGCUGGGAUACCUCGCUGGUUGUUUUGUUACGGGUGUACGGAAACGGGCAGGACUUUGUUUUCUGAGCUGUUCUCAUGGGAAAGUUUCACACAGUGGUGCGUGUUUCAGAGAAAGAGGGAGAGAGAAAAUGCAGGCAAAUCUGUUCCAUCCAUUAGAUGAUUUAAACGUCUUUCCCAAUUUGAGUUCAAAUGAAUACCCUUUAAUUUAGCAAGUUGCCUUUUAUGAUCCUAAUUUGCUUUGACUGUGCACAAAAAUUAUGAAAAUUGCUUAUUUAUGUGCGCGACGGCCACAAAUGGUUGUGUCCUAGUGCUUUAUCUCAAUCGCUUUGUCUGUAGCACAUCUUGACUCUGGCUUAAGGCUUCUUUUAGCUUUCUCCCUCCCAAAUCUCUGCUUUUUAGGAAAAUAAUGAAUAAGUGAGUGCAGAUUAGCAGGAUUUUAAGUCCUGCAGAGCAGGGUCUUUAAUGAAGACCACACACACACUCACACACUUGUGGCAGCACCCUAGUGAUGCAGAGGGUAAAACGUGGCAAAAAAAGCAAAGGAAAAGAAAAAAAUAUUUUCAAACCAAGCCACGUUAUCAACUUCUCUAAGCAGUACAGCUAUUCCUUUCUCACGCUGCUUUUCCUAAAUCUCAUCCUACCCCCAAAAAUGAAAAAAGCUUUUAAAAAAAGGAAACAUGGAAAACCAGUAAUUACAAAACUACUUCUUUAAACCGAGUUGUCAUUUAGUAGCAUAAUUAUGGUAACUGACUGGCUGGUUAUAGGAUAAAAACUUGGAUUUACAUGCCAGAGAUUGCACUUGAUAAAUCUAGCAUGUGUUAUCUUUCACAAAGAGAAGGAAAUUAAUCUGUAGCAAAACAAAUCACUCAAGUUUCAAUUUCUUUUUUGAAUCAUCAGCUCAGAAAACAAAGGACGCCUAAAUGGUUCCUCAGUUUAGAAACAGUUUAUUUCAUUUGUUCUGUAACAACAAACACGAUACAGCCUCAUUAGCGCCCACACGACAGCCACGCUAAUACACGCAUUAGCGCCCACAUUAGCAGGGACAGUACCUUUCAAACUGUCAAAUCUAUCACAUGUAGUACAGCUCACUCACGUUUCAUGCAGCAUUUUUCAUUUUUGGAAAGACAAAAAAAAAAUAUUUAUGAUUCAUGUUUCCAGCUGAGCACUUCCCCAGAUGGAUGUUUGAUCACUUUUAGCUAACUUUACACACUGUAGAACCAACAGCUAGGCUCACCAUCCACACAUGGCUUACCUCUUACUCUAUGUGCCUGUUUAAUAAUCAGUCUCUACAUUGGUUCAGUUUUCCGUAUUUGUUUUCAGCGUGUGUCCGCUCGCUUUUUUGAGCUCACAAACAUUCUCCAACUAUCCGCAGUUUAAUUUAUUUAUUUAUUCCUCCUCUGUAUUUGGGAUGGACUCUGCCGGGUCACUGGGUCGGACCCUCGCACUGUAAAUGGGAAAUAUACAAACCAAGUGAACUGUCGGAUCAAUGCGCUCCCUGGAGAAUGCGCUCUCACUCUCUCUCUAUCUCGCUCUCUCCUCUGUUUUCUCAAUAAAGCUGAAACUGAAACCCUUA